GGCGACGGUUGGCCAGCGGGAGAGCGCGGGAUGGGCGCGAGGACGGGGGCGAGGACGGGGGCGGCGCUGUUGGUGACAGCGUUGGUGGCGGCGCUGGCGGGCCGCGCACGCGCGUGCGGCAAGACGGUGAGUGGGGUGGAUGGAGGGUCGCCGACGCCAUCGGUCGUGGGCGCUCCCACCGACAUCUCGGUGGAGGACGCCAACCUGGUGAAGGCCGCCAACUUCGCCGUCGUCAAGUACAACAUGAAGAGCAACGAAGCCUACCUCUACAAGACCGAGAGGCUAGUGACCGCUAAGCAGCAGAUUGUUAAUGGUGUGCUAUUCUUCAUUGAAAUGUAUAUUGGGAAAACUGAAUGCCGGAAAACUGGAAGUGAACAGCUGGAAAGCUGUGCUUUUGUUUCACCUACGGAGGUAAAACAUUGCAACUUUAAAGUUCUCACAAUCCCUUGGAAGGAAGAAUGUACUUUGUUAAGUGAUACAUGCUCAUCAAUCCGGUGAAUUAUGCAUUAAAGUUGAAUUGUGGAAUUUUGACAGUCUAUUACUAAACCUCUUAUUGUGCUAUCUGUACACCAAUCAAACUUUUUCGUCAUAGAAAUCAUGUUAUUCAAAUAUGGCAUGCUGUGGAAUUAUUGUAGCUUCUGUUAAUGCUGAAUAAACUAUCUUAACAUGAAUUUGAAAA